CUGCCGAGUGCUCCCCUGAGGGCGCCUGUCUUAUUACCAGGUCUUUGUGGGGACUUUGCCAGCCCUGCUGUGACCCUGGCUGGGUGGGGGGUGGGGUGAAAACGUGUGCCACGGGAGUGAGAUGCAGCACGGGAGGUCACCUGCACUGGGCAGCUUCUCCAGGUACACCGGCGCUUGUUCAGAGCAGGGCUACCCAUCUCCCACUGCCAAGCUUGUGGUUCUAGGUGCUCUGCAAGAACCUGCACCUGCCCCCCCCCCUUGCUCCCCAGCUUAAAAGGGUCCGGUCUGCCGCCAAACAGCAGGCAAAGGAUGCUGGGACCAGGCAGCUGCUGGUGGGAGCGGCCAAGAGGUCUCUGGACGGGGGAAGAGGAUUAGGUGACAGUCCCCUAACCCAGCCCGGAACUAACACCCCCGCCCGCCAUCCCUCCCACACCCCAGCCUGCCCCCUGAAGCCUGUCGGAGCUCAGAAUAACCCAAGGACCAGCCGGGAUGGCAGGGGCUCUGCUGGGCGCGCUGCUCCUCCUGCGGCUCCUGGGUGCCAGUGAGGGGGAGAACGAGGAGCUGCGUCUUUACCACCAUCUCUUCGACAACUAUGACCCCGAGUGCCGGCCUGUGAAGGAGCCUGAAGAGACAGUCCCCAUCACCCUCAAGGUCACCCUGACCAACCUCAUCUCCCUUAACGAGAAAGAGGAGACCCUGACCACCAGCGUCUGGAUCGGAAUCGUGAGUCAGCUCUGGGGGGCAGCAGGAGGUCUCGACCCCCUCCCCCAAACUCCUGGCCGGCACAAGGUGGGAAAUGCAGGGGACUUGUGCGACCGUCCUCACUCCUUAGGACUGGCAGGAUUACCGACUCAACUACAGCAAGGACGAUUUUGGGGGCGUGGAGACCCUGCGGGUGCCUUCAGAACUCGUCUGGCUCCCAGAGAUUGUGCUGGAAAACAAGUGAGCAUCGUUGGGUUGGGUUUGGUGGAAGGCGGUGGGGCCUGGAGCCUGGGGCUGCACCUGGCGGGGGCUGGGCUUGCUGGGAGGGCAGGGGGUGGCAGCCCGGCCGACGCCGGCUCUCUCGGGGUCCCUAGCAUUGACGGCCAGUUCGGCGUGGCCUACGACGCCAACGUGCUGAUCUACGAGGGCGGCUACGUGAGCUGGCUGCCCCCUGCCAUCUACCGCAGCACCUGCGCCGUGGAGGUUACCUACUUCCCUUUCGACUGGCAGAACUGCUCGCUCGUCUUCCGCUCGCAGACCUACAAUGCGGAAGAGGUGGACUUCGUCUUCGCGGUGGACGACGAGGGCGAAACCAUCAGCAAGAUCGACAUCGACACUGAGGCCUACACAGAGAAUGGCGAGUGGGCCAUCGACUUCUGCCCCGGGCUGAUCCGCCGCCUGGACGGCGCCUCCCCAGGCGGCCCGGGGGUGGUCGAUGUCAUCUACACGCUCAUCAUCCGCCGGAAGCCGCUCUUCUACGUCAUCAACAUCAUCGUGCCUUGCGUGCUCAUCUCGGGCCUGGUGCUGCUCGCCUACUUCCUGCCGGCGCAGGCCGGCGGCCAGAAGUGCACGGUGUCCAUCAACGUCCUGCUGGCCCAGACAGUCUUCCUGUUCCUGAUCGCGCAGAAGAUCCCAGAAACGUCGCUGAGCGUCCCGAUGCUGGGCAGGUACCUCAUCUUCGUCAUGGUGGUUGCCACGGUCAUCGUCAUGAACUGCGUCAUCGUGCUCAACGUGUCCCUGCGGACGCCCACCACGCACACCAUGUCCCCUCGGCUGCGCCACGUCCUGCUGGAGCUGCUGCCCCGCCUCCUGGGUUCGGGCGCGCCCCCCGAGGCUCCCCGGGCCACCUCACCGCCCAGGCGCGCUUCGUCUGUGGGCCUGCUGCUCCGGGCCGAGGAGCUGAUACUGAAAAAGCCGCGGAGCGAGCUCGUGUUUGAGGGGCAGAGGCACCGGCACGGGGUCUGGACCGCUGCCCUCUGCCAGAGCUUGGGCGCCGCCGCCCCCGAGGUCCGCUGCUGCGUGGACGCCGUGAACUUCGUGGCCGAGAGCACGCGGGACCAGGAGGCCUCCGGCGAGCUCGUGUCCGCCCCUCCCCAGGAGGUGUCCGACUGGGUGCGCAUGGGGAAGGCCCUGGACAACGUCUGCUUCUGGGCCGCCCUGGUGCUCUUCGGCGUGGGGUCCAGCCUCAUCUUCCUCGGGGGCUACUUGAACCGAGUGCCCGAGCUGCCCUACCCGCCGUGCAUGUAGACGGCGCCCCCCCGCACCCGUUUCUGGAGGAAACCGAUUUUGAAAGCCGCGCUGCGGGCCCCUGCUGCGGUGCGGUCCUGUGCUCGCUGCGGCAAUAAAUCUGUGCCAACUUC